ACUAUUCACCUUGAAGGUCAUAUCUAUGAAAGCUAUGAACUAUUCACUGUGGCCAUACCUAUGAGAGCUUAUCAAUGAAGGAAGGGGAACAACCUCCAAACCUGCGGCAAUGGUUGAAAGAGGAUGGCGUUUGAUAGAAGAGCUCCAGCUUCCAGGGCUGGAAGGAACUCCAGCUGACUCUGUGGAGUGGCCGAAUCCACCAUACGAAACAGCUACUUCAACAGGGGACAACAACAGUGUUGCUGGCAUCUAUGAAUUGAAGGCUUCAUUUCUGGAUUUCCCACAUGGAUGAAAAUGGACGGACACCUUUACAUGAUGCCAACACGGAAUGAGUGCACCCCAUCAGUUAAAUUACUGGUGCGCUACAGCGCAGGGCAUUUUCGUGGAAGGAAGAACCGCUGCUAUAAGCUGGCUGUACGAAGUGUUCAGAGAGCUUUUGUGAAGUCUACCAAGGCCAGAAGAGAGAAGAAGAGAUUUCUAAGAGCGCUCUGGAUCACUAGGAUUGAAGCAGCUUCUCUUGAACAUGGUUUGAAAUACCCAGCUUUCGUAAGCAAUCUGCUUAAGUCCCAGGUGGAGCUGAAUAGGAAAAUGAUUGCCGAUUUGGCUAUUUAUGAGCCAAAGACAUUCAAGUCCCUAGCUGCCUUAGCCCAGAGGAGGAGACAAGAAGGCUUCCUUGCUGCCCUGGGCGAUGGAAAAGAACCAGAGGGGAUAUUUUCACGUAUUGUACACCACUAUUGAUAUUAGAAGAGUCUGCAGAUAUGCGUUAUAAACAGGAACUUGUAUUGCAAAGUAAACUCACUCGCUGACUGCUGCUAAGAUCAAAGCUGUGGAACAAAAUCCUCUGAGGAUGGUUCCAGAAGGAGGACGGGGUGGGUCCGGGUGCGCAGCUCGCACCUUGGUGACUUUUUCCCCUCUAUUGUUGUAACGAGAUGUGCUGAGUUAGAAGCUGCAGUUCGAAGUUAGCAGUCGCGAGUCAGGCCUGUAGAAGUUCUAUGUACAACGACAUCUAUAGCCUGUGUAUGCUUUCUGUUCUCUUAAGGACUUAAUAAAGGUAUUUUUUUGGUAACUGC